AUGGCUGAACAUCCUUCCUUUACCCUUGCCGCCCUUCUGCCCCUUGGAGGUACCGUUGGGUUUCUGCGAACCCGAUCAGCGCCUUCCUUGAUUGCCGGUGUUGGACUCGGCGUAUCAUAUGCCUAUUCAGGCUACUUGAUCAAGGAGAACAAGGACUACGGCACCGAGCUCGCCCUGGGAAAUAGCAUUCUUCUGGGCUCUGCAGUCCCUAGGAUCAUUAAGACAAAGGCCAGAGCCGCUAUGCCUCUGGCUCUAGGUGCCACUGGGUUGUUGGCAUCUUUCUACUAUCAGAAGAAGGUUCGGGAGUUCCGCUUCGGAGUCUAG